AUGGAAUUAUUAUUUUAUCUAACAUUUCUUUAUUUAAUUAUUUUAAGUAUGACAAUGUUAUUUGCAUAUACAAAAUCAGCUGCAAAAUUUAAUUUACAAUCAUAUCGUAUUAGUAUACAUGAUUUACAAACAAUUUUACCUAAAUAUCGUAUUACAUUUAGAAAUCAUAUUAAAAUUAUAAAUCAUAUUACAUUGAUUGAAACAAACGCAUUAAUAUUUCAUCAAAUUGAUGGUAUAAAAUUUGGACCAAUCACACAAGUAACGAUUAUCUCUCAAAUUAUGGCCAUGUCAAAAAAAAAAAUGAGUGUCAAGGUUACUGGUAUUUGGAUGGAGCCAUAA